AUCUAGGUAAGAAAGUAAGCUGACUGUCUAUCUAGUGAGUGUGUCAAUGUUCAGAUGAUAGAAACCCAUGACAAACAUUGAAGACAGCAUUUUUGGUGACAUUUUGGACACCGGAGCACGAUGCUGUUCAAGUAUAAAUGGUGUCCAAAGUACGCCCACGUUCGAUAUCUUUCCAAAAGCAUCCACGACUCAAAUCAAACAUCAAUCACAAUUUCAUCUUCAGAGAAUUCAACAUGAAGUUCCUUCUACUUCAUAUCAUCUUGGCCGCGGCCAGUGUUGCUUCUGCUAUCGCAGUUCCAAGCACUGUUGCUGAUACAAACAUCGAGAAGCGUGGCUGGGGAGCAGCAUGUCUCCUGAAAUGUGCAUCUGUAUCGGGUAAUGUCGCAGAGUAUGCAGCCUGUUUGGCUGCUUGCACAGCUCAAGGGGUUCCCGACGGUGCCGUUACCGUCGACGAAUAGACAGGCACUGUCAAUUCUUCCUGAAGGCAAUCGUGAUGUCCGUUUCGGACUUGAGAUGUCAAACCAAGCGGAAGGGGGGAGGGGAGGUGGGAGGUUCAGAAUUAGGAUUGCAGCUAGCUUUGAAGCCAGAAUCCUAACAUUCAAACAUGUUCUGUACACUGAGCCUUGAUUGAUGUUUUUCCAGUUCCAUUCGAC